GAAAAAAAGCAGUACUGGUCGUCCUACAGUCACUCCCAUCACAUCUGAUGAUGAUGACGCUGCGGAAGCAGGUCCAUCCAAAGAAGUCUUAAGCAGCAGAAGGCGCACUUCUGGAACACAUCACAAAAAACAUCUGCCAGCAAAGAAAGCAAGGUCUGAUGUCCAGGGCCAACCACAGCAGGCUACCCCGCCACGAAGAUUAUCUACUGUUUGUUCGGUGCCCCCACUCCAAAUUUUGGACACACCUCCAAGACGACAACCACACUCCCCUCAUCUUGAUUCUUCUAGUCCUGGUACCAGCAUCCCUCCGCAACAACCGCAACACAGUGACAUGGAUGACACAAUCAUGUUAGAAAUGCAUCCAGUAAGCAAAGGAAUCAGCCCCCCAGCACCUGUGAGUACUCCCCCACAGCAAAGCACACCACCACCCCAACACAGCCCAACAACACCAGUAACACAAGGCCCUGAUCAAGUGUUCUGGACCAUUUGGGCUAGACAGCAGGCCACUAAUGAAGAUUGCCUGCGUAGGCAUACCCAAAUGUUUGCAAGCCUACCAUCUCAUCUCAGACGAAUCAGCAGAAAUCUGAGUAGACAAAAUGAAACAAACACAAGAAUUGCAAAUACCAUGGAAAUCAUACGUGCAGACAUUACAAAUGUCAUGGGCAACUUACAGCGCAUAAUGGAAGAACAGCACAGACAACAGCAAAGCUAUAUAAACAUUUUAGAAAGCAAUCAAAUGAUCAAUGAAUCCAUGUCCAGAAUUGUAGACAAUCAAAAUGCUGCAACACGUGAACUCAAUGCCACCCUCACUAACCUCAAUGAAACACUCAGAUCCCUGCAGCAACAGCAAACAAGCAGCAGUUCUGGUACGACUACUCCAAAUGUAACGCCAGUGUCAUCACCACCAAGGCGCUCCACCAGAGCACACCAAAUUGACAGUGGUAAAGGCAAAGGCCAGGACAAGCAACCACCCAAAUAAACAUAAAAAAACACACCCAUUUCUUUAAAGAGAAGAGAAAAAAAACACUUACCAAGUGUAUGAUUAACAGAAUAUAUAUAACACUUAGCUCCUUGACAAUUUGUACAACAUCAUUCAUUAUAACUGGUACAAACAACAAAAGGUAUUUUGUACACACAUUUCUUCUUUAUCAUCUUUGUAUUUUUUGUUAGCAGGAAACUGUUGUUUGAGCUGCACAUAGAUGUUAGCAUGCAGAAAGCAGACCACUUGAUUUUUUUCUAAUCAUUACUCUUUCUAGAUUCUAAUCAUUCUUUGAGCCAGAAGACAGACUAAUUGGCAGCCAGGCAGAUUGUCUUAAGCAGGCAGAAAGCAGACCACUUGAUUUUUUUCUAAUCAUUACUCUUUCUAGAUUCUAAUCAUUCUUUGAGCCAGCAGACAGACUAAUUGGCAGCCAGGCAGAUUGUCUUAAGCAGGCAGAAAGCAGACCACUUCAUUUUUUUCUAAUCAUUACUCUUUCUAGAUUCUAAUCAUUCUUUGAGCCAGCAGACAGACUAAUUGGCAGCCAGGCAGAUUCAUCCAUGACCAAUACAAUUUACAAUGUGAAUUGUAACUGUUUUACAUUUCUUCUCUAGACGAAUUGACAAGAAAAACACAAUUGAGUUGGCUAAAAGUGUCCUAAUAUGUUGGGGGUAAUAUUUAGAUAAUUCAGUCCGAAAAUGACUGACAUUAUUGUUCUGCCAUGUUUGUGUGUGUUAAAAAUAAGUAAUCAGAUUUAAAAACAUGAUGCAGAAACAACAACAUUUGAAAUAUUUGAAAGUUGAACACAAAUGUGUGUAAUAAUGGAUAUAUGUUGUUAAAUGUGUAUUGCCUUACAAAUCUACAAGUUUUGGCCAGCAAACAUAAGGAAAUAAAUUAUUUUG